AUGUACCUGAAGAAGGGAAGUUAUGGACAUGCGAUACUAUUGAUUGAGCGUGCGAAGAGCCUAGCCCCCGAAGACAAACAAUGUCCUCCGCUAGUGACAAUUUCGCUCGUAGGUCUUCUGCCGCUACUAGCGCCGCCUAUUAAUGCAACCCUCCAUCAAGAUAUUCGGGUGGAGUUUCAGCGGACUGGAUAUCGUUGCUCAGCAACAUCUAUGUGACGCCCUCUAUGCUGAAGGUCGUACUGCCGAAGCCACGGAGAUCCUCCUCAAUAUCAUGCGGACAGCAGACAAGGAAAGAGACGCAAUUGCGGGUUGGAUCUCAGAUUUCACCGAAAAAUGUGCUGCGAAACUUGAGCGCGUCGGCGACAGUGUUUUUGGAUCUUCAAAAUAUGAUGACGCAAUAACACAGUACUCUGCUGCGUUGUCCCUCAGUCCUCCAAGUCCGGCAGGUCUGCUCAUCAAACGAAGCCGAGCUCGGGCUGCAAAAGAGUUGUGGGAGGAUGCACUACAGGAUGCAAAUGAGGCGGUGAAAGUGGAUCCCUCCAGCCCUUGGGGUUUUGAGGCCAAGCAUGUGGCGCUUCAUGGCGCGAAGCAGUAUGACGAGGCGAUUGAGGCUUUCAAGUCCAUGCUACUCAGGAUCGAACAGUCCUGUGACCCUGAGACUAUCCAACUCCGUAAGAACUACAUUUCACCAUCUGACACAAUCGCAGCUAUCGAUUCCAUCGUCCGCGAGAUCUGUUGUCCCUUCGUCGUCAUUUAUGUCACUACUGGUCGCCUUUGCGACGAGACUGAGCGGAUGCGUAUAUUCAAGGCUCAUCCGAGGUUCAAAGAACUUGUGUCAUCUAUGACGAAAAAAGUGGACGAGACGCAGAUCCGACCUGUGGUUAAAAGUUUUUUCGGAUACGUCAUGGGAAAGGAGCCGUCGUUCCAGGACGUCGACAAAGUCAACUCCGUGUGGGACCUUCCGCUCCAGGACGUCAACGAAGUCAACCUCGUGUGGGGCCUUCCCAAAACGCGCCUGAAUAAGAAGUUGCGUGAUUUCUGCGAGGAAACACGCAGGCUCGGUUACAAUUGGGCCUGGUCGGAUACGUGUUGUAUCGACAAGUCCCAGAGCGCCACCGUUACCCUAUCCGAAUCCCUUACUUUGAUGUACAAAUGGUACGCGAAUUCGGCAGUCACGCUUGUAUACCUUGCCGGUGUAGCCCAUCCGUCCAAGCCUGGAGACCUUGCGCGUAGUUUUUGGAUGACGCGAGCUUGGACUUUACAAGAGCUUCUCUCACCAGGGGUCAUCUUGUUCUAUGACUCCGAGUGGAAACCAUACCUCGGCGAUAUUGGCAUGAACCACAAGCAAUCUCCGGUGAUCAUGCAAGAGCUUGCAGAUGCUAUCAAGAUUUCCUCUGGAACCAUUGUCAGGUUCUCUCCAGAUGAUCUUGGGGUUCGCGAAAAACUUCGUCUUGCUUCUACACGCAAUGCGACGAAGGAGGAAGACGUCGCAUACUCUCUGAUCGGCAUAUUCAAAUCUGAUAUCAGGCCCCACUAUGGCGAAGGAACCGACGCUCUCGGACAUCUGCUGGAGGAGAUCGUAGCUCGCACUGGCGAGGUCACCGUACUUGCGUGGUCAGGGACGUCGUCGUCGUACAACAGCUGUCUCCCGGCUUCCGUUUCCGUCUACAGCCAAAUUCCUUACACCCCUCCGUCACUCGAAGGAGAAGAAAUGGAAACAUGCAUCACAAAACUACGCAGCAAGUUGCCCCAGGAAGUUGUCCUUAGCAUUUAUAAUCAAAUCAAGUUGCUUCCGCCUGCGCGUUUUGGUACCAGACGUCUACAUCUUCCAUGCAUCAUCUUCCCCCUCAGAAGACUGGAGCUACGCAGUGGCAGUGAGAAGCUGUAUCGUGCCAGGGUCCCAAUAGUGUGGUUUCCUGGGGAGAUGGAUCCGGAGUCCGAUGCUGACUCUAACUGCGAUUCAGAUCACGACGCUGAAUCGGAUGGAGUUUCUCUGCCGUCUUCGCCGUUACACGCUCUCCCCCCUCGAGUUGACGGCUAUACCCGAGCACUGCAAAUGAUUGCUCGUCUCGGACAGCCGUUCAGCGCGUUGCUGCUCGCACAGCAGCCAAAGGGAGAGUACAGGAGGGUUGCCACAGAGGAAGAGAUUGUCGUUUCAGGACUUGGAACCAACAUCCCCACGAACAUUCGGGCGGGGGUGUUAGAAAUCCUUUGACGUGUAUAUGGAGGAUUGCUGGUCGUUAAAGCUGGUCUAUCUUUCCUCCUUUAGCAGUCAUUUUUUGUGUUCGUAUCUUCCUUCGUGCUGUUUCGUAGUCUUUGCUCAUCGUCCUCAUCAUACCCCUCCGGACAUCCUCAUAUCUGUUGUUUAUAUGUAGAUACGCAUGAUCAGCUAACGUACCGACACGAUAUAUUCAUCUGAUACCUAUUCUACAACAAUCUCAACAAUUCAUUGUCCAGAACUCUUUGGAG